AUGGUUCGAAAGUGUCCUCAAUACCAUAACGACGAGCUGUUGCCAGAGACGACUUCGCGUACUUCGGCUCUCCUUCUCGGGAAAGGAAAUGCACCAGGACCUCAGCACCAGCUAGCGCUCAUCUACUCGUUGUGUCUCUCAGCGUAUGGCGGCAUUGUCGACGACAUAAUCGAUGCUAUAAAACAUGCAGCGACUUGUAAUGGAUGCCACACCCUCCUCGGUUUGCUUUCAGGACUCGCCUACUCGGGCGACAGCACCUUUUCCAGCACUAUGGCCACGGCAUGCAAGAGGCUUCAUGCCCAGGAUGAUGACGUCUGCGACGGCGUUAUGAGCCAGCAGGGGCCCAUCCUCGCGCACGAUCUGCGUGCAAUAUCUCUAUUCAGCCAAACGUCUACGAAGCUGUGCAAUGCCCUCGUCGGGCUCUGCGAAAACCCUGCCGUGAACAAAUACAGAGUUCCCUUCCCCAAGCCGGCUCCAGCCCACCCAAGGGUCUUCACUUCGAGGGGACGACUUCCCAUCAAGGUGGUUCAUUUCAGCGACGUCCAUAUUGAUCGUUCGUACACGACGGGGUCCGAAGCCAAUUGCACCAAGCCGAUCUGCUGCAGGAGGUUCCCAGACCAGACAGGAUCUGUCCAUGUCGCGGCAGGGCCGUUGGGGAGCCACGGGUGUGACGCACCGGCUUCGCUCGCGCAGUCGAUGCUCCUAGCUAUUGCUGGAGAGAAUACUAAGUUCUCAAUCUUUACCGGGGACGUCGUCGAAGUUGCGCUAUGGGAUAUCGACAAAGCGGAAGCCACCUCCGACCUAAAAGAAUUCAAUAGAGAAUUGUCGUCAUUACUCAGGUCGCCCAUAUUCCCUGUCAUCGGAAAUCACGACGUCACCCCUGUUAACAGCUUCCCAAGGAAUACGACGAAGGGUCAGAGCUCUCAAUGGGUAUACAACACUCAGAGCUCUGGGUGGGCGUCCUUGAUCGGAGCCAACGCCGCAAACCAGGUCAAAGGGGAUUCCGGGAGCUACGCGUCUGUCGUCCCUGGAACGAAACUCAGGAUAAUUUCGCUGAAUACGAUCUAUUGGUACAAACUUAACUUCUGGCUCUUUGACACCAACGCCACCCAGCCCGACCCGAACGGAGUCCUCUCCUUCAUGGUCCGACAGCUCCAAGAAGCCGAGGACGCCGGUCAACGCGCGUGGAUCAUCGGACACAUGCCACCCAGCAGCGGCGACGCGCUGUACGACCAGUCGAACUACUUUGAUCAGAUCGUCCAGAGAUACAAGAACACAGUUGCGGGUCAAUUUUAUGGGCAUUCGCAUCAGGAUGAGUUUGCUAUUGCGUAUGAAGAUUACAAGAGGCAGACGGCAGAGACGGCGGACAGCAUCGCGUGGAUCGUCCCGUCUUUGACUCCGAGACAGUCCGACCCGGCAUUUAGGGUGUACGAUGUCGAUCCCGACACCUAUGAGGUCAUGGAUUCUCGCACUUUCAUCAGCGACAUGUCCGAUCCCAACUUCCAAGUGUUCCCCGUCUGGAAGCAGGAAUAUAGCGCUCGUGCAACCUAUGGACCCGCCAUCGGCGGCUGGCCGUCAGACAAACCGCUGAACCCUGCAUUCUGGCACAAAGUGACAGAGGCGUUCGAGAAGCACGACACUUUAUUCCAGAAGUUUCACACGUUGAAGACGCCAGGUGGAAAGAUUACCCCCUGCGAAGGGGAUUGCAAGAAGGAGACAAUAUGCAACAUGCGUGCUAUGCGUGCGGAGAAUGGAUGUCAUCCGGCAAAGCCUGGGUUCAACUUCGAGCGCAGGGCUGAUAAUAACUCAACUUUGGGGCAUAGCCACCUCGAUAAUCAUUGCGAAGGCUUUGGCCUAUCCCACAUUUUCAUGCAGAUGAUGACUGAAGCUCAAAAGAUUUCGACGUGA